CACCUGAAUUCUCAUUAUGUUUUCGAUCAAGUUUUUUUGCAUUCUUGGAGUGGCUAGUGUGUCAGUUCAAGCUAUCGAAUUUCAAAUCAAAAAUAAUGAAGGUGGACAAGUGUGGAUUGGUAUUCAAGGAAAUCCUGGCCAUCAACAUCUGAGAAAUGGAGGAUUUUCUCUUGGUCCUAGACAACAGGUCUCUGUUUAUGCCCCUGACAACUGGGCUGGCCGUUUCUGGGCCAGGACCUUCUGCGAUCCAAACACAAGACACUGCUUAACCGGAGACUGCGGAAACCGUUACGAAUGUGCAGGAGCUGGUGGAAAUCCCCCAGCCUCUCUGGCUGAGAUCACUCUCAAAGGACACGAAGGUCUGGACUUCUACGACAUUUCCCUCGUCGACGGUUUCAACUUGAAAGUAUCGAUGGCGCCACUUGGAGGACAAUCUGACGGUGGUCGCUACAGCUGCAAAAGGGCAGGGUGUGACAACCCUAUCAACAACCAUUGUCCAGGAGAAUUACAGUUGAAGGGACCCAAUAACUGGGUGAUUGGUUGCAAGUCAGCUUGUCUUGCGUUCAACAGCGAUCAGUACUGCUGUAGGGGGGCCCAUGCGUUCCCUUGGACUUGCAGGGCGUCGGAUUGGCCAAGGAACUACCCUGCUAUGUUCAAGGGAUGGUGCCCCGAUGCCUACAGCUAUGCUUACGAUGAUCACAAGAGUACUUUUACUUGUAGGAACGUACCAGUGUACAGGAUUGAAUUUGGAGGUUGAAGCUUGGAUGAAGAAAUUUUGCUGAGGAUGAAUAAAUAUAGACAUUUCUUGUAAAAUUUAUUUUUGAACUCCUUCUUUACUAAAAAGUUUUUCAACUUGACAUAAAAAAAGAGUAUAUUUUAAGAGAAAUCAA